UUGGGUGAGGUAAAGGGAGAUAGAAGGAGCGAAAAGAGUUGCUGAAGCGGAAAUAUUAAGAAAGAGAGAAUACGUAUUGCUUCGAGCGUUACCGAUACACGUCUGAUUGUAUUGUACAUAUAUUUCUGACCGCAAAGCAGUCUCUAUUUAGAGGCGAGACCGAGUGGCUAAGUAGCUGGCGCCCGGCUUUGUACUUGGAGCUGAGUUCGCCGGUAUUGUAAUUGCAGCCGCGCGGAGAGGUGAAAAGCCCCCCGCCCUCCUUCACAAAUCCCGAGCUGCGGGAGGUUCGCUCACUGACUGACUGAUUGAUGCCAAUUCAUUCCGGUGGAUGUGGACAAAACUCAUCGUACAGGGCGACCAUGGGCUUGACAGGAAAGAAAUCGGAGAAAGGCCCAGUGUGCUGGAGGAGGAGGGUGAAAUCGGAAUACAUGCGGCUCCGGCAGCUCAAGAGGUUCAGGCGAGCUGACGAGGUCAAGAGCAUGUUUAACUCGAAUCGGCAGAAGAUCGUGGAGCGCACUGACAUCCUGAACCAGGAGUGGAAGCGGCGGCGGAUCCAGCCUGUGCACAUCAUGACAUCUGUAAGCUCCUUGCGUGGGACCAGAGAGUGCACUGUGGACAGUGGGUUCUCGGAGUUCUCCAAGCAAGUCAUUCCUCUCAAGACUCUGAAUGCUGUUGCGUCUGUACCUGUAAUGUACUCAUGGUCCCCCCUCCAACAGAACUUCAUGGUGGAAGAUGAAACUGUUUUGCACAACAUCCCCUAUAUGGGUGAUGAAAUCCUGGAUCAGGAUGGCACCUUCAUUGAAGAGCUCAUUAAGAACUAUGAUGGCAAAGUUCAUGGAGACAGAGAAUGUGGCUUCAUAAAUGAUGAGAUCUUUGUGGAGCUGGUAAGUGCCCUCAAUCAGUACAGUGACAACGAAGAUGAUGAUGAGGAGGAAGACCAACACGAGUACAAACUGGAGAAGAUGGACCUUUGUGACGGCAAGGAUGACAGUGACGACCCCAGGAAGGACCAAAUGCUCAACUCCGAGGGCAGAGGCAAUGAAUGUUCCAAAAAAUUUCCCUCCGACAAGAUAUUUGAGGCCAUAUCUUCCAUGUUUCCAGACAAAGGAUCACCAGAAGAACUCAAAGAAAAGUACAAAGAGCUGACGGAGCAGCAGCUGCCCGGGGCGCUCCCUCCGGAGUGCACCCCCAACAUCGACGGCCCCAACGCCAAGUCCGUGCAGAGGGAGCAGAGCCUCCACUCCUUCCACACGCUCUUCUGCAGGCGCUGCUUCAAGUACGACUGCUUCCUGCACCCCUUCCAUGCAACACCAAACACGUAUAAGCGUAAGAACAUGGAGAACCUGGUUGACAGCAAGCCCUGUGGUAUCGACUGCUACAUGUAUCUUGUGCAGGAAGGCAUGGUGCGGGAGUACCCGGCGGGCCUGGUGGCGGAGAGAGCGAAGACCCCGUCCAAGCGCACGGCGGGGCGCCGCCGGGGCCGCCUCCCCAACAGCAGCAGCAGGCCGAGCACCCCCACCGUCAGCACCGAGACCAAGGACACGGACAGCGACCGGGAGGCCGGGGGCGACGCGGGGGGGGACUGCAACGACAAGGACGACGACGACAAGAAGGACGAGACGACCAGCUCCUCGGAGGCCAACUCGCGCUGCCAGACGCCGGUGAAGCUGAAGCUGAGCUCGGAGCCCCCGGAGAACGUGGACUGGAGCGGCGCCGAGGCCUCCCUCUUCAGGGUGCUCAUCGGCACCUACUAUGACAACUUCUGCGCCAUCGCCCGCCUCAUCGGCACCAAGACCUGCAGACAGGUGUAUGAAUUCCGGGUAAAAGAGUCCAGUAUUAUCGCCCGUGCUCCUGCGGAAGAUGUAGACACUCCACCGAGAAAAAAAAAGAGGAAACACAGGUUGUGGGCCACACAUUGUAGGAAAAUCCAACUGAAAAAAGAUGGCUCCUCAAACCACGUGUACAACUACCAGCCAUGUGACCAUCCUCGCCAGCCCUGCGACAGCUCCUGUCCUUGUGUCACCGCCCAGAACUUCUGUGAGAAGUUCUGCCAGUGCAGCUCUGAGUGUCAGAACCGCUUCCCCGGCUGCCGCUGCAAGGCGCAGUGCAACACCAAGCAGUGCCCCUGCUACCUGGCGGUGCGCGAGUGCGACCCCGACCUCUGCCUCACCUGCGGCGCCGCCGAGCACUGGGACAGCAAGAACGUCUCCUGCAAGAACUGCAGCAUCCAGCGCGGGGCCAAGAAGCACCUGCUCCUGGCUCCGUCAGAUGUGGCCGGGUGGGGAAUCUUCAUCAAGGAGCCCGUGCAGAAGAACGAGUUCAUCUCCGAGUACUGCGGGGAGAUCAUCUCUCAGGACGAGGCCGACCGAAGAGGGAAGGUUUACGACAAAUACAUGUGCAGCUUCUUGUUCAACUUGAACAACGACUUCGUUGUCGACGCCACGCGGAAAGGCAACAAGAUCAGGUUCGCCAACCAUUCCGUUAACCCCAACUGCUAUGCAAAAGUGAUGAUGGUUAAUGGAGAUCACAGAAUAGGCAUAUUCGCCAAGAGGGCCAUACAAACUGGCGAGGAGCUGUUCUUCGACUACAGGUACAGCCAAGCGGAUGCCCUCAAGUACGUCGGUAUUGAAAGAGAAAUGGAGAUUCCGUGAAGCCAUAUACCUCCUCUUCAACAACAAUGCCUUAUACUCUUCAGGAAUUUUUAGAAUCACAUGCAUUUUUAUGAUGUUUGAUACA